AUGCCGCGCGCGCUUUUCGCGGUGCUUUGCCUGUGCUGCCUGGCCACUGGCAAGGUCACUGGCCCUAAUAAAAAACAUGGGGGGUCGCAAGAUGAAGAUCCAACUCUGCGCUUGGCGCGCGCAGUGGCUGCAGCUGUUGUGCAAGAGCUGAACAGGCAGCAGCCCCAAGCGCUACCGCCACCGGCGCCCAUGCUGCCAAUGCUGCCUCCGCAGCCAAUGGCGCCCUGGCCCGGCUACCCUGGGCCGAUGAUGAUGAUGAUUGGCGGCGGCGGGCCCAUGCUGCAACCUAUGAUGGGGUGGCCAAUGUUGCAGCAACCUAUGAUGAAUCAAAUGGUUCCCCUGCCAAACGGAGCCACUCUGACUAUCGCAUCCCCUGAGCCUGUUCCUGGUGGCGCCACACAUGGGCCUGGUUCGUUGCCGUCUGGACCUUCAACUUCCUCUUUGUCCGCAUCGCCAACGAGUUCCCUGGCUUCGUCUCCAGCUGCUGGCCCUGAAUCAGGCAAAAAAAGGAUGUGUCUGUCUGAUCUAGACGGCCUGUCUGCUGCUGCAAAAGAAGAAGGCUGGCGGCACCUGACACAAUCCGCAAAGAGAAAAGCCCGAAAGGUGAAUUACGAAGGAUGGUGGGAUGACAAUGAGAAAGAGAAGGACGAGAAGGACGACACUCAGCAGAACGCCGACCUCCACCCGGACACGAGUAAUGAUUCGUGGGGUCCAAAAUGGCCAGGAUUUGGUCCUCCAAAACCAGAUUGGGCUUGCGAGGCGUCAAAAAAACACGGCUUUUACGGAGUUUUUUGUUCCGAGAAUGUUCAAAAAACACGAAAACACCACCUAUUUGACCAUUUUUCGGCUUUACCUUGUUGGUGGUUCUUGACGGUUUUCAUCGGGUUUCAAAUGCCGAAACACUGUAAUUUACGGUGUUUUUGUGCGUUUGGCCUGGCAAAAGUACGUCUUGCAACAUGCUGA